GUCAGGAGGAAGUGAGCGUUGCGUCAUUUGUAACAAGGUGUCACCAUUGGGUGUGGUCAGAAUGUGUGCCGACGACGAUAUAUAGACAGAGGCAACGACUCCAGCGACAGACACCAGCAGUGCAGCCCCUGCAGCAGCCAUGAAGGUUUGGAUUGUCGUCCUGUUGGCCGCCGUGGUAGCGGCAGAGCAGCACAAGCGCGCCGCAGAUCCUGAGCCUGAGCCUGUGGCUGAGGCUGAGGCUAAAGCAGAACCUGGCUACGGCUUUGGUAUUGGUGGGCACGGCCACGGUAUCGGUUAUGGUUAUGGUACUGGAUACGGCUAUGGUACCGGUUAUGGCUACGGUUUAGGCUAUGGCUAUGGUGGUCAUGGCCAUGGUGGAAGCUACAGUGUAAGCUACGGCAUCCCCACCUACAGUGUGAGCUACGGCCCUACAAGAUACAGCGUCAGCUACGGUCACGGCUACGGUUAUGGUUAUCCUUCCCAUGGGUAUGGUUCUUACGGCUAUGGUCAUAGCAUCCACAAGCGUGAGGCUGAGCCCGAACCUGGCUAUCUUCUAGGUCACGGACAUGGCAUCGGCAUUGGGCACGGCAUCGGUAUCAGCCAUGGCAUUGGUCACAGAUCCAGCUACAGUGUGAGCUACGGGCAUCCCACCUAUAGCAUUAGCUAUGGUGGCUACGGUUUCCCUUCAUACGGCUAUGGACACGGUUACGGCUACGGUUACGGCCGCUGAGGAGAGAGUGAAAAAUGCAAGAAAUAACUCUUAACCGAUGGAACCGCGACAGAAUGUCCUACAUCAACUCCCCUCAACUUUAUUUCCGUCUCUUUACUUCUUUGAUUUCUCAACACGCUGAUGACCUUGGCAGAGUCAUGGCUGACUCACGUUUCUCUCUCUCUCUCUCCUGCACACACACACACACACACACACACACACACACACACACACACACACACACAUACACACUUUGAAAUGAUGCUAACUUUUGUAUCAAAACUGUUACUGAAAAAAAGAAAUAUAUACAUAAUGCAAGUCGA